AUGGGCUUCAAGCCUGCGAAGCCUGGAGCUCCAACUGCGGCCUACCGACUAGGCUACGGCCACGCCGAUGUUGCUGAGAAGAGCUGGAUUCCUUUCAUAUACAAGGAGUCUGUCUUCUUCAUCUACACCCCGCUUCCACAUGUCGUCCUGUCUUCUACGCACGAUGGGCAAAGCGAGAAGGAAACUCCGAACCUUGCACGACCGCACUACUUGGCCCUCUUGCACAUGUUCGACACCUCCACGGGAUAUGCCCACUAUGCGUUCGAAGCUUACACAACACAGUCCUUGCAAGAAUCACAUCAUCACAUCAGCUGA